AUGGCCCCGUCCUCCCUUCCUCCGGCCAAAAAACGCAAGCUCACCACCGGUAGCACCUCAAACACUGGACAGAAAAUCAAGAAUCUCGAAGAUGAAUUGACUCGUGCCGUCUCGUCCAACGGCUCUCUCAACCCGCUCGCCGACCUCUUCGACUUGCUACGGUCCGCGUCCGAUGCGGAAACCACGUCUAAGGCGAUGUACGCGCUCUACCGCGUGUUUGUGCUCCUUGCUUCCAGCGGACGGCUGAUGCACGUCGUCGGUGUGGAGGAAGAGGAGAAGGAGAGGCUCGUGCGGACCUGGAUCUGGGAACGGCUUGACGGCUACGUCGAUUUUCUGGUUGGACUCCUCCAGGAUCAGGAGAAAGCGCUGCGGACUUCUUCCCUACAGAUACUCCUUUCGCUUCAAAAGCAUCUCUCGACGGCCCUUACCGCCGCUGACCCCGAUCGUCGUCCCAAAUUUCACGUUCCACACUUCCGCAGGAUUGUAUCUGGUCUGCUCACCUGCCCACCAUCCUCGCGCACCGGCGCGUCGUCAAAGACACGCGAGGGAGAAGCUACCGAUGCGGACUUGACCGAAUCUCUGCUGCUCCCGGACGUGCGCGACGCCUUCGUCGAACGCUGGCUCAGCGUGCACGACGACGUGCGAUGGUUCUUCCUCCGCGAGUCCCCGUACGUAAUCUCUUCUUCUACCCUCCUGACCACAACCUCCUCCCCCCGCGCGCCCGAAAACUUGCUCUCGAUCCUCGAGCGACUUGACACCUUCCCUACCGACCCGGCCGAGCUGAACGCGUGGUGGGUCACCGAGCUCGGCGCGAAGCCCCCAAAAACCAAAUCGCGCUCUUCCACCGCUGACGCGGAAGACUCCGACUCCGACUCCGAAUCCGCUCCCAACGCCGAAGACGCGGAGGACGGCGACGACGACGACUGGCGCAAAUUCUUCGACGAUCCGCCGCCCGCGGACGAUGCCCAAAAGAAGGGCAAAUCGAAGGGCAGACGCGCGCGGCUGCACCAGAUGACGGUGCACCAGUCGCUGCACGCGCUUCCGUCGCACCGCGCGGUGUUCACGCGUUGUUGGCUUGCGCUCCUCCCCCGUCUCACGACGACGGAGGACGAUAAGAGCCGAAGGGAGGCGCUCGCGAUGCGAGCCCUGAACGUGAUGCACCGCGGUGUGCUGCCACAUUUAACACGCGCGGUGCUCGUCAUGGACUGGGUUGGGACCUGCGUCGACUACGGUGGCACGGUCGGCUUGCUGGCCCUGAACGCGCUCUGGAUCUUGAUCCGAGAUUAUAAUCUCGACUAUCCUUCGUUCUAUACGCGGCUGUACGCCUUUCUCGAUCGCGACGUGUUACACCUCAAACAUCGCGCCCGGUUCUUCCGCAUGACGGAGCUCUUCCUCAGCUCGACCCACCUUCCGGCGACGCUCCUCGCGUCCUUCGUGAAACGUCUCACGCGGCUCUCGCUCAGCGCUCCGCCGGCGGCCGUGAUCAUGCUCGUCCCGUUCACGUACAACAUCCUCAAGCGGCAUCCGGCGCUUAUGGCCAUGAUCCACCGCGUCCCCGAAGACGACUCGUCCCCUUCGGAUCACGACCCGUUCGUGGCGGACGAGCCGAACCCGAACGCGACGCGCGCGCUCGAGUCGUCCCUGUGGGAGCUGCACGCGCACGUGCGGCACUACCACCCGCCGGCGGCGACGCUCGCGCGCGUGUUCGAGGCGCCGUUCACCAAGCCGGCGUACGCGACCGAGGACUUUUUGGACCACACGUACGGCACGCUGUUCGAGACGGAGGUGAAGCGCAGGAUCAAGAAGGAGCCGGUGGUGGAGGCGGAGCUGCCGAAGGUGCUGUUCCCUCGGGGCGCUGCCUUAGAGGAAGCGGAGGAGCUGGCCAGUGCGGGCGGUGUGGAUGCUGUCGCCGAGACUUGGGUAUUCUGA